UUUAAACUGGCCAAAGCCAACGAGCACUGCGAGCACACAAACUUCCACACGGAGACAUGGCGGCCGUAGUGUCCGUUAGCUCAGCUGCCAAAGACGAGAAAUCCUUCACUGGUGCCAAUUUUGCCCCGAGUCCACUCUAUACAGGUUACGACCAAACAGGCGAACCUGAAAACUGGGAGUAUGAAACUGGCAAACAAGUUGAAUCGGACGCCGUCGGUGAAGGUUCACCGGCGGGUAGCGACUGUUCGCGACGGCUCGAUGAUGAACUGACGGCCCUCAGUCCAGAAGAGAUUGCCAGCCGUUUGGAAAGAACGAGAAGAGAGUUUUAUAAUCGGCGAAAAAUAAUAAUAAAGAACCUCCCAGCCGACAUCAGCAAUCAGGAGGUGCAUGAGCUGUUAAGCAACUAUGAUUUGAAGUACUGCUUUGUGGACAAGUACAAAGGGACAGCCUUUGUGACGCUACUGAACGGUGAGCAGGCCCAGUUUGCGAUAAAGGAAUUUCACCAGUAUGUUCUCCGUGACCGUGAGAUCUCUGUGCAGCUGCAGCCGACGGACGCUCUGCUAUGCAUCGCCAACCUUCCCAGGGCUUUCACCCAGCAACAGUUUGAGGAGCUCGUUCGUCCCUUUGGAAACAUUGAGCGCUGCUUCCUGGUGCACAGUUCUGCCACGGGCCACUCGAAGGCCUAUGGCUUUGUGGAGUACAUGAAGAAGGACUCAGCAGCCAGGGCGAAGUCAGAGCUGCUGGGGAAGCAGCUUGGGUCACGUAUGCUGUACGUGCAUUGGACAGAGGUUGGAUCGCUCACGUAUCCCAUGCUGCACUCGCGCUGCCUCUGUGUGGACCGACUACCUCAAAACAUCCUCACCGCUCAGGAUCUCUGCAGUGUGUUGACUGACACGCACGCUCCUAUAUUCUGCCAGCUUGCUCAAGGUCAGGACUGUAGUUUUCGACGGUUUGCAGUGCUGGAGUUCUCCACACCUGAGAUGGCUGAGGACGUGCAGCGGCUGACUGAUGGAAGAUCUCUGGGUGGGACUCGUAUACGUGUGUCUUUCUGCGCCCCUGGACCACCUGGAAGGAGCAUGUUAGCUGCCCUCAUUGCCGCCCAGACCAUGGCCUUGAACCGAGGGAAAGGUCUCCUUCCUGAACCUAAUGCCAUACAGAUUCUUACUGGCCUCAAUAACCCUGCCACGCUGAAGAUGAUGAUGGCGUCUCUCAACCCGGGACAUAAACAAGGACUUCUGGGAGCUGCGCCCGCCGUUCCUCUGCUGGCCAACCCUGCCCUCUCUGCUGCCCUCAUGCAGAUGCUGCUCCAGAACCAAGUCCAACAGGCUGGAUUGCGGAGUGAAAAUCCUCUCCAACAAGGCAUUAACAUGCUGGGAGAGAUGUCUCAAGGCGCUAUUGCUCCAUCACUGGGCUUGCAGAAUGAGCCUCUUGGCCCCAUCAAACAACCAUCCCUGAGUCGACCUCUUGGGAGAGAGACCGAGACCCCAGCCACCCCGAUUGGCUUUCCCCCAGCAUCCUCUCCUGCACUGCAGGGAUUGAGCAUGUCCCUCCUAGCUGGGAUGUUAGGAGCAGAUGGGCCGACUCUACCGGGGGUGUCUAUAUUGGGUGAGCCUCCCAAAGAAGUUGGUGUGUCCCAGAAUCCCUUUCUCAGUGCUCCUAGCAUAUUCCCAUCUUCAGGUGCCAGCAACAGAGCUCACCCCUACAGGAAGAAAUCUGCGAUUGGAAGCGCGUCUAACCAACGCACAAACCACAGCAUCCACUCGAACUAUAGCCUGCGCUUCCAAGAGUCUUGCACACCAGAGUUUCCUCUUCUGCACCAGGACCCUUUGUCGCACUUGUAUGAACAGCAGGAGGUUCUGGAAAAUGCAGCUAUUCCCGGCUACGGUUUGCAGCUCUCCAGGCACGCAGGCUUCGGUGAUGCAGGGUCUCCUUUCAGCUAUCCACCCAGCCCCCCACAGUCUUAUUUCAGCUUUGGUGCCCAUACCGGCAUCCCCUCCACCCAGCUCAAUAAGGCUGUUGGAAUGCCUCCAGUGACUCAUUCCAGCCUAUUUCCUGCUGCACCUGGUGCUGGUAUGAAGACUCCCAUCGGCGGGCAGAAGCGUCUGUUCUCCCGUCUCAUCCCGUCUCCAGAGCCCAGUCCAGAGGGUGGCUAUGUAGGUCAGCACUCUCAGGGUCUCGGGGGACACUAUGCUGACUCCUACCUGAAACGCAAACGCAUCUUUUGACCAGCACUUGAUGGCUUCCUCUAAACCGCCAGCUUUUAAAGGGAUUGCUACUUUAAAACCACCUUUAGGUGUGUGUUUGUGUGUGAAAGAGGGGUGGACCGUCAUUGAGUUCACUUGGGCAAAGAAAACAAACCGGAACCAGUGGACGACCCAGAAGCUCCGAUGAUCGGUCAUGGAUGAUUGCCGAAGUUUGUGUAUAUAAUUUCAAUGUGUAUGUAAAUAGUUUUUUUUUUUUUUUUUAAUUUGCCUUUUUAAUUUUGUCUUUAUUUUAUUUUUGUAAGCCCAAAGAUGCAACAAGCACCACAACGAAAGGAAAGGGUUCCUGUCUUGUUCAUCUAAAUAGUCCUAUUUUGUAGGCUUUUUUUUAUUUCGAUUUAUUUUGAAUAAUUUUAAGCAGGGCGAUUGCCUUUUUUCUGCUAUGCCUCUUGUUAGUUGUGUAUAUAGUUGUUCAGUUGUCUAAAAAAGGCUUCUCCACUACAAACACUUCCUCUCACACACAAGUGCCAAGCCUUACAUGCUUUAAAUAUCUUGUAUCUCUGCAACGGAUAUGGUAGCUGUCUGUUCUCUUCAGUGAGUCACCUGUUUGUGUCUUUAUGGGGAGCUCUGGGUUAGUGUUAGUCUCGAAAUAGUUUUCCCCCCACCACGCACCGUAUUUGUGUUGCACUACUUUCCAUCCUUUCAUCCCAUUUUACAGAGUCAAGGUUUUCUGAGCUGAUUGUUCAGCGUUGCACUUGGAGGAGAUGGAUCAUGUAUAUUCAUCCUCCAGAAUCUGUCCUUUCCUCACCCGUAAUGCUCGUUCACGCUCAUUCUUGUUGUUCUGCCUGCUUUCACACCUCUCUUUGACCUCGUUCAACCUGCACAGUUUUGCUGUUGCAAAGCGUUAGCGUCUCGACCGUCACGUUAUGAAGCCCCAGCUGGUUGGAGAUGGAACAUGGGCUGCCGUUCUCCCCUCUCCAGGCUCAGAGUACUGCUGAAAGCACAGUAUGCCUGCUGUUGCUUCUGUAUUUCCACACACACACAUUCUCCUAGCGUCCUCCGUUAGGUGCCUCUCCACUGCAGACCAGCAGAGGGAGCCAGUUAGCUUUUCAGUUGGCACUGCUCCAUGUGUUUUUUUUUUCUUUAAUUUCUUUUAAAACGAGCCAACCGUCUGAAGCAGGCCGGACCUGUGCCCUAGCGUGACAUUUACUUUUACCGUUGUAACUGUGACCAUCUUUUCCCCUCUGGUUUUAACUGCUGUGCCCCAGAAGGGAAGAAGCUUCUGCAGACUGGAAUGUGAUUGACGUAUGAUUGAGUACUUGGUCUAUGUGUGUGUGACUUAUUAAUCUGGUUGACAUUUUGAUUUGUGAUAACGCAUUACCUCUGACUUGUACUGCGGCUUACGAUGGAACAUGGAGUUACUCAUGUGCCUAAAAACGGCAGUGUUUACUGUAAUCUCUCCAUACUGUGAGCCUCAACUACAUUCGACUGUUUAUUUGCGGUGUACAUGCUUGAGUUUGAUUAUAUUUCUUCUCUGGAGUCUUGAACUCGUGUUCUUAUAUUUCUUCUAGUCUGUAAUGGUAUCAAAAUUGCUGCUCUGUAUUUUGUAUCCAUCUGAGUGAAGAUGUGCAGUGUCUUGUAAAUGAUUUUUCAUGUGCGAUACAUGGUAAGAGCUGCUGCUGUGUGAAAUGAACUAAACCUUUCUGAUGUUAAAUUACCUCUUCAUCCCCAAUUACUCUUUCCUUUUGUACAGCUCUUCUGCUCUGUUUUUGUGACAUUUGAACAAGUAAAUGUUAUUUAAGUUCACCUUCA